AACUACAUAACAGUGUUUCUGCAGUUCCUCAUUGCCAUGAAGCGGAAAAUGAAGGCGUGUUGAAAGCGAACAGGCGGAUAUGAAGCGUAUUUGUCAGUAAUUCGUGUUGAGGCCGAGCGAGAAGAAGAGUUAUUUUUAUUUGUCUGGGACUGAGUUGGCGUUUCUGGAUGAGCAUGUCUCUUGCACAGCGAGUGCUCCUCACCUGGAUCUUCAGCCUCAUCUUUCUCAUCAUGCUGGUCCUCAAAUUGGAUGAUAAAAUCCACUGGAACUGGUUCCUUGUCUUUCUUCCCGUCUGGACCUUCGACACCAUUCUCCUGCUCAUGCUCAUUGUAAAAAUGGCCGGCCGCUGUAAGCCGGGCUUCGACCCACGCAACGCAGCUGACAACCUGAAGAAACGAGUUUGGUACCUGGUGGCCAUUUUGUUAAAGCUGGCCUUCAGUCUGUUGCUGUGUGCGAGGCUGGAGCGUCUGACGGAGACCUAUCUGAGUUUUAUAUGUAUACCACUGUGGGCUCUUCUUAUCGGAGCCAUGGUGGAGCUCGGCUACAACGUCUUCCACUUCUGAAGAGACUGAGCAGGAAGACACUGAUUGACUGAGCAGAAAGUUGUAAAUAUAAUUUGUGUACUAUAUGACACACUUAUUUAUAAGUGUCCAUGUGGAUUAGAAUGACAACGUGUUUAAGAAUCUGCUGUGUAAGAGCAGGAAUGUCUGUUCCUAUAGAUUGAAAAGCUUAAUUAGUGGACACAUUGGUGACUGAUGAUUUAUGUUGUGAGUAGCAGGUACUACAUGCCUACAUUUUUUUUUUAAAUUUUAUUUUAUUUUUAAUCCUGUGUGUCUUUGGAUUACACAAUUUCCUCUUUACUCCAAAUGCAGGUGAUCAUCCAGGACCUAUUUGGUGUCUGAAGCGCUUUAGUUUUGCACUGGAUCUAUUAAAUAAUGAUGCUAACAAGUAAGGGAACUUUAUAGCUUCCAGUUUAGCAUUGUGCACGUGUCAUGAUUAAAAUAUCACAUUCACCUCAAAUGUCAAUGUUUUUCUCAGCAGCACCUUUUAUACACAAAAUAGCACAUAUACAAAUCAAAUCAAUCUGGAAUGGUAUUAUCAUGUGAAUGACUUCUAACUAUAAUUCUGCAUUCCAGGAUGCGGACCUGGAUGCAAUAAACCUGCCUUAUCAACAUAAGUUACCACUGGAGCUACAUGGCGAAGAAAGCAGACCUUGAAUAUCAAAUCUGUCUAGACAGAAUGAUUAUAUUUGGGAUAAAAGGAAAAAUUGUGUAUGUUUUAUUUUUGGCUGUUCCUUCAAAGUGUGUCUAGAGAUUUCUCCAUGAAUUUUGGGUAUUAUAUUUUCACACUUGUUCACUUUAAGUAAUUGUGCAAUCACACUGUAAAAUAGUGUUGAAUUGAUGCUCUUCAUGAACAGUACAGAAUGCUUGUCUCAGCAGAAACAUAUUACUUGUUAGUGCUUUACAUUAAUGUACACUAAACUAACUUUAUUUAUUGCAUUAAUGUUAACAUUAACGCAACAGAAACCUCAGCACCUGUAUUAAUUGAUGUUUGUGUAAAUGAUAAAUACAUACUUCUUUGAAAACAAGCUAUUUCCAUCAAAUCUUAGUUUAUUAAAGAAUGACACAUCAUAAUUUUCAUCCAGUUAUAUUUCGUUUUGUGGAACGUCCACAAAGCAAGUUGGUUUCUGUUAUUACUUGUGUUAUAUAGCAGCUAUAAACAGUCAUUCCCCCAGCCUUUUUUCCCCCUUGAAGUUAAAAAGACAAAAAAGAAAUGCAGCUUGUCAUGUUACCAAAAAGUGUUUUGUGCUGAAGACUUAUGAAAAUUUAAUGUUACAGGUUCUGACUGUUUACUUCUGACUGUUACAAAACUUGGAGACUUCCAAAAUGUUGAUAAUCACACACUGAAUAAACAUUAACAUUAAUUAA